UCGAUUCGAUCGCAAAUUAUUAGGGUGUUCUCAUAAUUAAGAAAAAAAUAAUUACGCGUAUAAUAAUUAAUAUUGUGUGGUGAAGAAAGUGCGGAGGCAACAAGACAUUUUUUCUAAUUAUCCAAAAUGAAAACCGUGUACUAUCUAUUGGGAUUGUUAUCCUGUGUGAGCCUGCCCUUGAUAACAGGCUUGGAUCUCGGAGAGAUCAUCAAGACUGCACAGUGCCAAUCGUCGUGUCUACGAAAUUUGACCACUGACGACAAAUGCUGGAAUGUCGGAAAAGAUAAGAACACACAGUGCGAGAAGUGCUGGCAAACCUGCGAAUUGCUCGGUCCUUUUAAUAACAAGACGAGGCUCGACAUCUGCAAAAAUUGCGCCCUUUUUUUAAAUUGCUCGAGUUGCGAAAUCGCCUGUACGUUUUAUCGAACAUAUGGGGUAGAGGAAAAUCAGUAUGAUCCAACUAAAUUACCGGCGCCAGAAAAGGACGAAAUUAUCCGCAUGAACAAACACGACAUGGCCAUAACAAUGCGUAAAAAUCUGUUAGGAACGUGGGAAAUGGACAAACAUUAUACUGCGAAUCAGAAGGUUAUAAUGAAACCGGGCGACUGGAUUAUCAUCACCAACGAGAAUGGAGCGAUCAAACAUUAUAGUUGGGAAAAGUGGUGGCCUACAUUACAAUCCCUCAAGGAUGGUCCCUUGUUUCAAGCUAACAUUACGUGGAUGGACUGGCAGACACAACUGAACAAACAACGCGAAAAAAUUAGCUUACCUGGGGAUAAAAUCUUUUUAGAACUGCGAAAUAAAAAGAAAAGAAAAAACAAAUCAUCUUUCGUCGUCACUUGGCAAGAAGAAACGGGAAACGGCAUAAUGGGCAACCAGGUAGCAGAUAGCGAAUCGGCGCAGAUUUCUUUGCCACCCGGCAGAUAUUCGAUCAGAGUAGCCACCAAUGAUGGUCCCGGUAGCUAUUCGAUUGUUAUCGACACCGCCGAUUACAAAAUUGAAAGUAACGAAUUCGAUCUCUACAUUUGCUACAUUAUCAAAUGGGACCUUAUAGUGAGUUUUCUAACGUGGCUAUUAAUAGUAUUAGUGAUGAUAUUAGUGAUAUUUAUUAAGGCAAUUAUUUUGAAAAGACGAAAAAACAAAAACAAUAUAGACAAUAUAGAGAUGGCAUGUCCGACAGCAGCAGAGAUGAAAUCUAACAAAUUGAAUAUACUGAUACCGUGCUUCAAAUAUGAGUCGAAUCAAACAGAUAGUGAUCCUUUCGCAAACAGUUAUACCGAUUAUAUAAACGAACAAGCGUGGACGGAAAUAGAUAUAAACGCGAAUGCGAAUAUGCAAGAUGCAAACGUGCAAAAUGUGAACGUAAACGUGCAAGAUGCGAACGCGAAUAUCCAAGAUGUGACCGCAAAUACGCGAAAUGUGAAUACCACGAACGUGAUUCAGCAGAUGUAGAGAA